AGUGCCAUCUCUCUCUACCCUAGGAGGAAACUCUUCUUACAGAGAGAGGCUCAUCUGCAGGUGAUUCUCCAAGGACAUGAGAAGAUGGGUGUAAGCUGUGGAACCUAGACCCUUAAGUGGAGGGAAGCUGCUUUCUACUGUGAACGAUGGCCAAACCCACCCUGAGAGGGAAUGGCACUAACUCUGAGACCUUCCGACAGCGCUUCAGGAGAUUUCAUUACCAGGAGGUAGCUGGGCCCCGGGAGGCUUUCAGCCAACUCUGGGAACUUUGCUGUCGGUGGCUAAGGCCGGAGGUGCGCACCAAGGAGCAGAUUGUAGAAUUGUUGGUGCUAGAGCAGUUCCUGACCGUCUUACCUGGGGAGAUCCAGAGAUGGGUACAAAAGCAAUGUCCAGAAAGUGGAGAGGAGGCAGUGGCUCUGGUGGAAGAAUUAGAAAGAGAGCCUGGAAGACCUGGACGUUCGGUCACAGUCUCUGUGAAGGGGCAGGAAGUACGCUUGGAGAAGAUGACACCCCUGAAAUCAUCACGAGAGUUAUUAAGUGUUCGGCAGGAGUCAGUGGAACCCCAGCCCAGGGGUGUACCCAAGAAAGAGAGGGCAAGAAACCCAGACCUGGGACCACAGGAGCAGAUGAACCCAAAGGAGAAGCUCAGACCUUUUCAAAGGAGCGGAUUUCCAUUUCCUAAAUCCAGUGUGGUCUCCAAGUUGGAGCAAGGAGAGCCUUGGAUCCCAGAUCUGGGCUCCAAGAAGAAGGAACUCCCAAGAGGCAGUCACACAGGAGACAAACGAAUGCAUGCUGAUCUGUUACCAUCCAGGAGAGAGAGAAGAAGCUGGGUGGAACAGGAUCACUGGGGCUUCGAGGAUGAGAAGGUGGCAGGUGUGCACUGGGGCUAUGAAGAGACCAGAACUCUCCUCGCAAUUCUCAGUCAAACUGAGUUUUACGAGGCUCUCCGAAACUGUCAUCGAAACAGCCAAGUGUAUGGGGCUGUGGCUGAGCGACUCCGGGAGUAUGGGUUCCUCCGGACCCUGGAGCAGUGUAGGACCAAGUUCAAAGGUCUCCAGAAGAGCUAUCGGAAAGUCAAGAGUGGCCACCCACCUGAGACCUGCCCCUUCUUUGAAGAGAUGGAAGCCCUGAUGAGUGCCCAGGUCAUUGCCCUGCCUAGUAAUGGCCUGGAGGAGGCAGCCUCUCACUCUGGCCUGGUGGGCAGUGAUGCUGAGACUGAGGAGCCAGAGCAACAGGACUGGCAGCAUAAGGAGGGAGAAGAUGCCAUGGCUGAAGAGUCUGACAGUGAGGAAGUGGGCCAGGAGGCCACCCCCCAGGACCCCGACAAGUCCACCACACCCGUCCUUUUCCGAAGCCCAAGUGGUGUACACUGGGGCUAUGAAGAGACAAAGACCUACCUUGCAAUUCUUAGUGAGACUCAGUUUUAUGAAGCCCUCCAGAACUGCCACCGCAACAGCCAGUUGUAUGGAGCAGUGGCUGAGCGGUUAUGGGAAUAUGGCUUCCUUAGGACACCAGAGCAGUGUCGGACCAAGUUUAAAAGCCUCCACACCAGCUACCGGAAGGUCAAGAAUGGCCAAGCACCAGAGACCUGUCCCUUCUUUGAAGAGAUGGAUGCUUUGGUGAGUGCCCGGGGUGCUGCCCUGCCCAGUGAUGGCCGGGAAGAGGAGGCAGCCUUGUGUCCCACCCAGGAGACCAGUGAGGCCGAAGCCGAGAAGCAAGCCGAGGAAGCAGAUGAGGCCAUAGAAGAAGAUUCUGAAGAUGAUGAUGAAGAUACCGAGGUACCCCCAGAGGCUAUGACCCGUGCUCCAGUCUUAUUUCAGAGCCCCAGUGGUUUUGAGGCUGGAUUUGAGAAUGAAGAGAAUCUAAAACGGGAUAUUGCUGAGGAAGUACAACUACACAGGACGUUACUUGCAAGGUCUGAGAGGAAAAUUCCCCGGCAUCUUAAUCAAGGUAAAGGCAUUGAGAGUGAAUGUAGAUCAGGAAGACAGUGGGAGAAGACCCCAGGGGAGAGAAGAGGAAAACCAACAUUCCCAGAGAGGAGUUUAGGUAAAGUUCUAAGUCAUCAGAGACCUUACUUGGGGGAGAGACCCUAUAAAUAUCUCAGAUAUGGCAAAAGCUUUGGUCCAAACUCCCAUCUCAUGCAUCAGAUAUCCCCUCAAGUAGAAAAUCCAUAUAAAUGUGCUGACUGUGGGAAAAGCUUCAGUCGGAGUGCACGCCUCAUUAGACACCGGAGAAUCCACACUGGAGAGAAACCUUAUAAAUGUCUUGACUGUGGGAAAAGCUUCCGUGACAGUUCAAAUUUCAUCACCCAUAGAAGAAUCCACACAGGAGAGAAACCAUAUCAGUGUGGUGAGUGUGGAAAACGCUUCAACCAGAGCUCAAGCCUUAUCAUUCACCAGAGAACCCACACAGGAGAAAAGCCCUAUCAGUGUGAAGAGUGUGGGAAAAGCUUCAAUAACAGUUCUCAUUUUAGUGCACAUCGAAGGAUACACACAGGAGAGAGACCCCAUGUGUGUCCUGACUGUGGAAAGAGUUUCAGUAAGAGUUCUGACUUACGUGCACACCACAGAACCCACACAGGAGAGAAACCCUAUGGGUGUCAUGACUGUGGCAAGUGCUUCAGUAAAAGCUCUGCUCUUAAUAAGCACCGAGAGAUCCACACACGAGAAAAGCUUCUCUCACAGCCAGCCCCUAAGUAAGCCCCUGAGGAUCUAUGAAGAAAACAGUCUCAUUACGUGUAUUGAAAUUGUUUAGAAAAGUCCUC